AUGGAGGUAAUCAAGAUUGGUUUAACACCCGAAACAUGGCCCGGUUUGAUUGGCUUCCCAGUUUUAGAUGCAGUUAAUAUUAUUCGUCAAGAGAGGCCAGAUAUAACAGAAGUUCGGGUACUCCCUCCAAAUGAGGCCCCGUCACCACUCGUGGAAGGUACCGUACGUGUUUGUAUCUACAACGACAUCGUCAACGGUCAGGCUGUUGUGGUUACCCCAGACCCAUAUAUUGGCUAG